GCUUCCGUAUGGAACGACCGGAAGCAGAGGAGAGGCGGUUCCAUCCAGAGCAAUCGAUCGGCCUCACCACAACAACAUCCCUCACGCAGCAUCAGCCCUCUCUUUAAAAUCCUAUUUCUGGCUCUCGUUCUGUCUCUGCUGUCAUGUCUGUACCAGACAGAAUGUCGUGUCCACCCUGGCCUAAAGGAAAGAAACUGGUUCACUUGGAUUUGAAAGGCGCACCCCCAAGAGUGGAAUACCUCCACAAGCUCAUCGAUCUGUUCUCUAAACUGGGAGUAGAUGGCCUGCUUGUGGAGUAUGAGGACAUGUUUCCAUAUGAAGGGGAGCUGAAGCUGCUGCAGGCCACGACACAGCAUGCGUACAGCCGGGAGGAGUUACUGUCCAUGCAGGAGUUUGCCAAAUCUAAGGGCAUGGAGGUCAUCCCACUUGUGCAGACAUUUGGUCACAUGGAGUUUGUGCUAAAACAUCGGCCCAUGUGGAACCUCAGAGAGGUGCCGUAUUGUGUGGGUACCCUGAAUCCCCACAAAGACGAGGGCGUGAGGCUGGUGAUGGAGAUGCUAAGGCAGGUGGUGAAGCUGCAUCCGGGCUUGAACACGCUGCACAUCGGAGCAGAUGAGGUGUACGUCCUUGGUGAGGGGGAAGAAUCCAAAAAGUGGCUGGCCUCACCUGGACGUUCAGUGGAGCAGCUUUUCCUGAGUCAUGUGACCAAGGUGGCCAAGGCCAUCAAGAAGGCGUGGCCUCACAUGACCAUUGUCAUGUGGGAUGAUAUGAUGAGAGACAUGAGCCAGGACGUACUGAAAGCUAGCGGCCUUGUGGGACUCGUCCAGCCUAUGUUGUGGGACUACACCCCUAAUUUGGAUGUGGAUAAAACAGUGUCUCUGCUGGAGAAGUACUGCAGCGCGGGUAUGUCAGACCUGUGGGUGGCCAGCUCCUUUAAAGGCUCCACCAGUGUCUACACCUGUGUGCCCUGUACACAGAGACAUGUGGAUAAUCAUUUGCAGUGGCUGAAGGUGGCUGCUUCUUUAUCUUCUGCUAUAAAUUUGCAGGGCAUCGCCAUCACAGGCUGGCAAAGGUAUGACCACCUGUCCGUGCUGUGUGAGCUCAUGCCCGUGGCUCUUCCGUCACUAGCGGCCUGUGUCGAGACACUCAACCAUGGUCAGUUCAGUUCCGAGGCUCAGAGCAAAGUAAAUGAGAAACUGGGUAUUUCCUCAGUGGAGGUGGAGGCCAUGGGGAGCACUUCUUCAGGUGACUCGCUGUUCCCAGGAAGGAAGCUGGCUGAGUCAAUUGUGGAGCUCAAUUCACUGCUGAACUCAGACGACAUACGAUUGUUUGAAAAUGACAUGUUUGUAAGAGGAUGGUUCAGCCCGUAUCACCGACGGAGGAAGAUGGUGACCCCUCUUAUCACCAUGCAGAUUCACAGCCAAGCAUCAGCGUUUUUAACUACCGUCCACCAGAAGCUGGAGGUCGUGAGAGAGGAGAUGGUGCGUUUUUACCCAGAUUCUACAGCCCAGGAGUGGAUAGAGGAGCAUGUCAGCCCCGUGGUGGCUCCUUUACAGAGGAUAACGGAGGACAUUAGAGCCUGUGUGAAGGAGAUGGUGCCUUAGAAUAUUUUGCUAGCGCAGAAUCAAACUGCUUUUUUUUUGAUGAAUUCUGAUACUGUCUUUUAAUUAUUGGUUGUUUUUGGUUUUGUUUUUUGCAAUUAACGGGGAUGAUUUUACGUGUAAUUCUGCACGUACCCAAGAGCAAACCGGUGUAUGUCAACUGCACAAACUGUAGCAUAGAAAGUAAAUUAUAUAUGAUAAAGACUUUCAGUUUAUAUAUAAAUCAACUUUAUAUAAUUCCUGCAAAUGUCUGACUGUAAACAAAAACAAUAAAAAUCAAUAAAACAAAAAAAA